GGACGGUCUUGACAAGUCGUCGUCGCCGCCGACCAUCCGUCUGCGGCCUUACCGCAGAGCUUCGUCUCGUCUUCCCGAUCGCGUUGAUCCUUUGGGAGAAAAUCGCCCUCUGCCGUAAUCAAGAUGCUGCACAGAUUCGCGGUGCUCGCGAUUUUCGCGGUGGCGGCUGUGUCCGCUACGAGUCCGCCGCGAGUGUUCACAAUGUGCAUCCCGGAGAUUUAUUCAAAGGAAUGCAUCAAGAUGAUGGAAGAUUCAGCGAGCAAAGGCUUUCCGAUAUCGUGCAUUUCCGGGCGCGAUCGAUACGACUGCGUUGAAAGGGUCGGCAAGAAGGAAGCAGAUAUCGUCGCUGUAGAUCCUGAAGAUAUGUACCUCGCGGCGAAGAAUAAGCUAGCUGAAAAGGCUGGAUACAAUGUCAUCGAACAGGUGAGGACGAAAGAGGAACCUGACGCGAUAUAUCGUUACGAGGCGGUAGCCGUGGUCCAUAAAGAUCUGGACAUUAACAACGUCCAGGGUCUGAAGGGUCUCAAGUCCUGCCAUACUGGCGUGGGCCGUAAUGUCGGCUACAAAAUUCCCAUCACGAAGCUGACCGCGAUGGGCGUGCUAACCGACAUUAACAACCCGGAAUAUUCCGCUCGCGAGAAUGAGCUUCGUGCUCUAAGCACGCUCUUCGACAAAGGCUGCCUGGUGGGCAAAUGGUCACCCGAUCCUGCCAUCAAUCAGAGGCUCAAGGAGACGUACAGCAACAUGUGUGCUCUUUGCGAGAAACCAGACUUGUGCGAUUAUCCAGACAUAUAUUCCGGAUACGAAGGAGCUCUACGCUGUCUGGCUCACAACGGCGGCGAAGUCGCCUGGACGAAAGUCAUUUAUGUGAAGCGUUUCUUCGGUCUGCCCGUUGGAGUUACGCCAGCGGUACCGACAUCCGAAAACCCGGCUGACUUCAGAUACUUCUGUCCGGACGGCAGCAAAGUGCCAAUCGAUGCAAAUACGAAACCGUGCACGUGGGCCGCCCGACCAUGGCAGGGAUAUAUGACCAACGGGGCUGACGCCAACAACGCGGAAGCUAUCCAAAGAGAGUUGACGCAACUGGGUCAGCUCGGCGAAAACGAAAAGGCAAAUUGGUGGAAGGAUCUUUUGCUACUCAACGAGAAGACUUUGGCUGUCGCCGCACCACCAAUAUCACCGGAAGAGCACUUGAAGAGCGCGAAAUACAUGGAUGUGAUAGAGAGGAAUUCCGGAGCGCCGGAGAGAGACGCUCGUUGGUGUGUGUGGAAUGAAAAAGCGCUGAAAAAGUGUCGUAAUCUCGCUAGAGCCGCGUUCUCCAGAGACGCUAGACCUAGAUUUGAUUGCAUACUGGAGAAAGACGAGACUGCUUGCUUAAAGGCUGUCAGGGACAACGGAGCGGACAUCGCAGUGAUCGAUGGUGCAUCGGUAAAACAUGCAAUCAAUGAUUACAAUGCAAAACCAAUCGUCGCCGAGACCUAUGGCGACGGGUCAACAAAAUUCAGCGAGCGGCCAGCACUUGCUGUUAUCAAGAGUGGCUCCUCCCUAAAUGGAUUGGCCGACCUAAGAGACAAACCGUCUUGUCACAGCGGCUACGAGGGCGAUUACGCUGGCUAUUACGCAUUGGCACACACACUCAAAUUGAAAGGAUUUAUUAACGAAGUUAGCCAGUUGUAUACCUUCUUUUCUAAGUCUUGUGCGCCUGGCGCACCUCUCAACUCGAGAUUAUGUGAAUUGUGUGUUGGCAAUAUCAAGAUUGAUGACGAUCAGGCGAAAGAAGCGACGAAAUGCAAACCUACGGACGCCGAAUAUUACAACGGCGGAAAAGGAGCGCUCAGAUGUUUAAAGGACGGUAAAGGAGACGUCGCAUUCCUACCUUUAACAGCUUUGCAACAACUCGAUAACGAGAAGGACGGCGCUGGCAAACGCGAAGAUUACGCCUUACUGUGCCCGAAUGGCGGUCAGGCGGCUAUCAACGAAUGGGAACGUUGUAAUUUAGGAUUAGAGCCACCAAGAAUAAUUGUUAGCUCCGCCGGGAAGAGUCCGAACGCCCUCGAAGAAUUGAAACAUGGCAUUUUAGCUGCGAGUAGCCUGUACUCCAAGAAUCCAGAUCUGCUACGCCUCUUUGGAGCCUGGGGCGACAAGCCUAAUGUAUUAUUCAAGGAUGACGUGAAGGAACUGAUAUCCAUCGACAACACAUGGGACAAAUGGAAUGAUUGGGCAAAUAAUUAGCAGAACUACAGCAAUCAUUAAAACUUGACGAUGAAAAAUUGAACAUUAUUUGAUAGCUCUUGAUCAUAGCAUAUGUGAUACUGCAACUCUGUUGUCACCAUUAAAUAAUUAAGUCAUAUAUCGAUAACCCGAGAUAACUGUUAGAUAAAUAAAGUACUGUCGAUAACUUCGCUUAUAUUAUUACGCACUGACAAGUAGCAUAUUGUCGUAAUAGAGAUUACGCACUUCAAUCUUUUAAGGAGCCAUGCCGAGCGUAGACCUAAAUUAAACGCUUGCUUCUUUAUACUUUUAUAAAAAUAUAUUUUUUCAGAGCAUACAUGUACAUUAUAUUUCUCGCAUUAACAUUAUAAAAAAUUUUUCAAAUAGAUAUGUUUCUCAAUAAAAAAGAAAAAUUUUUUCAUGAAUCCCAGCAAAUAAAAAUAAAUUAUAAUUG